ACCAACACUUCCCCUCUCACACAGAACGAAUGACAGCUGCAUUCAGAAGAGAUAGAGCGCUCUGUUCAACUGUCCAUUCAACAAAAGGUGACAUCAGAAACCAUGAACUCCACUCUGACGAACAUCUCUCACGGUACAUCCAACGGCUCGGAUCGCUGUCCGAGGGACACCCGGAUUACUCAGUUGAUAUUCCCAGCACUUUACUCUGUCUUAUUCCUUGUCGGUAUCUCACUCAACAGUCUGGCACUGUGGGCCUUCUUUCAGAUUCCCAGCUCAUCUACGUUCAUCGUCUACCUCAAGAACACUCUGGUGGCUGACCUGAUAAUGACUCUCAUGCUCCCUUUCAAAAUCCUCACCGAUUCCAACCUGGUGUCUUGGCAACUCCGAGGUUUCGUCUGUCGUUACUCAGCAGUCGUCUUUUAUGAAACCAUGUACAUUGGGAUACUAUUCCUAGGGCUCAUAGCAUUUGACCGGUUUCUUAAGAUCAUCAGACCCUUUGGGAAGUUUUGCGUGCAAAAACCAAUUUUUGCAAAAACUCUUUCAGUCACGAUCUGGAUUUUUUUGUUUUUUCUCUCUUUGCCCAACAUGAUCUUAACCAACAGAGAAGCAACACCCUUAACUGUGAGAAAAUGUGCCUCCCUGAAGAGCCUUUGGGGUCUGAAAUGGCAUAAAGUGGUGAAUUAUGUGUCUCAGUUCAUCUUCUGGUCUGUUUUUGUUCUCAUGGUUCUGUUCUAUGUGGUGAUUGCCAAAAAGGUGUACCAGUCUUAUAGAAAAACCAAAGGCAAAAGCAGGGGAAGCAACAAGAAAAUGGAAGGCCGUGUGUUCAUCGUGGUGGCUGUCUUCUUCUUGUGUUUUGGCCCAUUUCACUUCGCAAGAAUACCAUAUACGCAAAGCCAGACAAACAGCACCACAAAGUGUGCCAUGCAAAACCAACUGUUCAUUGCUAAAGAAAUCACUCUUUUUUUAGCGACUACCAAUGUUUGCAUGGACCCCUUGAUAUACAUAUUUCUGUGCAAGAAGUUCAUACAAAAACUACCAUGUACGAAGGGGAGGAAAACCAUCCCAUCGAGUCAAGAAUUUCAAACCACUCAAACUGACAAUAUAAUCUUGUCUUGACAAUGAGACAAGUAUAGCAUUCUCACGACUCUGCCGGAUUUCUGAGGGAAUGUUACAGAAUACGCCCGCCUAAUUUGUUUUUACUGGGGAAGUGAAUUUAAGCAAUAAAAGGGAAGGAGAUCAUUUGAACGGAAA